UUGGUUUCUGAUUUAUGUAUUCUGCUUGUCCUUUAUCAUUGAUUGGAUUUUGCUAGAUGUAGCAAAGCACUUUCUCUGUGUUCAAAGCGUUAUACUAAUCCUGUGGCAGGGUGGAUUGACAUUGCAUCCUUCGCUUCCUGGGUGUACUGUUGGGGUCAAAACCCAAGGCUGGGUUUCUAAUUUGUUUGGGCCUUUUGUGUUCUGGCUCACAGUUCACCAAGUACUCCUAUGCUGAAUCGAGCUAUUGUCUGGGAUCCUGGGGCUUUCACGCUGCAAAUCGCUGGCUGUUCUUUGGCUCAGAAGCCACAUUAUGUGCUUUUUUUCUCCUUAUGUGAGGCUGGAAGCUAUAAGCAGUGGUGAUUUUAAAUGAAGUGUAAUGCAUUGUGGGAUGUGUGUAAAAUUGGAUCUGUUAAGACAUAGGAGCAGAUCUGCGGUCCGCUGUGUGGAGGAGGCAGUACCAGAAUGUUUGCUAAUUCUUUCAGCACGUUGACUUAUUUCUAACCAAAUAGAGUGCAGCAAGAGAUAUGGAGCCCGGCUCAUAUUGCUAGUGGAUUAGACUGCGUGCAGACUCCAAAUGAAGAAAACACGGAGUACAACCUUACGCCGAGCUUGGCCUAGCUCGGAUUUUUCAGACCGGGCUUCGGACCGCAUCAGGUCCCGGAGCGAGAAGGACUACCGCUUGCACAAGCAUUUCCCACCACCCUUUAUUUCUACUGCACCCAGGGGAUAUCUGACUUCAGGUGAUGUGUCACCAAUCAGCAUGUCCCCCAUCAGUCAGUCACAGUUUAUUCCACUUGGGGAAAUUCUUUGCUUGGCCAUCUCAGCAAUGAAUGCUUCAAGGAAACCCGUCACACAUGAGGCCCUCAUGGAACAUUUAGCCACUUGCUUUCCAGGGGUUCCAACACCCAGUCAAGAAAUUCUUCGCCAUACAUUAAACAUGCUCGUAAGAGAGCGAAAAAUUUACCCAACUCCUGACGGAUAUUUUAUUGUAACUCCACAGACUUACUUUAUUACACCUUCUUUAAUAAGAACAAAUAGCAAAUGGUAUCACCUGGAUGAAAGGAUACCUGACCGUUCUCGAUGUACUUCCCCACAACCAGGGACUAUAACUCCAUCUAACUCUGGCUGCCUCAGAGACAGGGGCCAUCACCGAAACCACUGCGAUUCUUGCAACUGCUUCAGAGAGGAAUUCCAUAAUCAUUCAUCCACGCUUCAGAAGAAAUCAAUAAAAGAUUGUAAGGACUCCUAUUGUCCUCCUUCUUUCAGUCAGAUGCCAAUAACACACACUGAGAAAAGUAAAAGUACGGUUAACUGUUCAUAUAAGACUGAAACAUUGCCAAAAACCAAGGACGGAGAAAAGCAACCAAAAAAAUUUGGUCUGAAGUUGUUCAGACUGAGCUUUAAGAAGGACAAGUCAAAACAGUUGGUGAAUUUUUCCGCCCAGUUCCCUCCUGAGGAAUGGCCUCUCCGUGACGAGGAUAAUCCGACCUCCAUACCGCGGGAGGUGGAGCAGGAGAUAAUUAAACGGAUUAACCCAGACCUGACAGUGGAGAAUGUCAUGAAGCACACGGCGCUAAUGAAGAAACUUGAAGAGGAUAAGGCCCAUCGAAAUAAACCAGGGUCGUCUGCCCAGCAUAGUGGCAAAAGCAAAAAAAGCAGAGGCCACAAAAAGGUCCAUGGUAAGCCCCGAUCACACAGUAAGUCAAGAGUUCCUAAGGGCGAGCAAUCAGAAGAUACACAUUUAGAUGUAACAGAGUGCAGAGAGUAUGAGUUUUAUGAUCCAAUUACCAGGUCACCAUGUGAUAAAAGUACAAGUAUGGAAAUGAAGGGUGACAACAGCUUUGUUACAUAUGACAGAAUUAACAUGGCUGAAUCUCAUUAUCCAGUGACCCCAGAGUGGGAUGUGUCUGGUGAUCUGUACAAGAGAAGGGUGGAGGGUCAGCUUCACGAACAUUCCAGGGAAAGUUUACAAUCCAAAGUACAUCGGAGCCACAGCCAUACGCAGGAUAGAAAAUCAAGAAAUGAUCGGACCAGCAAAGCCAAGGAACGGUCUAGAUCAAUGGAUAAUUCGAAUAGACCCCUUGGCACUAUUUUGUCAGGCACUGCAGAAGAGAUGCAAGGAUGUAACAUGGAUGAAAGCCACUUGAAUAAUGACAAAUUGCGUUCUUCCAAGUUGCUCGGCCAUCAUAGAUCAGGGCUGACAUCACAUUCAAAUCAUAUCACUGAGCCUAGUAUACCCGAAUGUGUUGAUAUUGAUAAUGUAGCAGGCCUCGAUGACACCUGCAAUCCACUGGAACCUCUUACAGCUGAAGAAACCUUGCCUAAUUGCAAUGAGCCUAGUGGCUCUGAUGCUGUCAUAAAAGCAGAUGAUUACUUUCAGUGUAAUGUGCCCAAGGAGACUGUUCGGACUGUAUCUUCUCCAGCAGCUAACUGCCAUGAUGAACAUCUGUUUAAAGAUUAUGACACUUUGACUUUGACCGAUGGAGUUAAGAAGCUGUCUCCCUUGGACAGAUUCUUGAAACAUCCACCUAUCGAAGAAAAUGUGAAUGGGCAGCUGGAACAAUUGUCACUGCAGCAGAAGCAUUAUCCGGAAAAUAUAGAUAUGAACAGCAUUAAUUUGCCUGUAACGUCACAAGCAUCAACAGUGUCAUUGCCAAAUGGACAAGUGUUUAAGUCACAGUCCGAAACUCAAACUGUAAAUCACGUGGAUAAUAAUAGCCAGGAUCUCCCUGGAAUUUCUUUAUACGAAUCGCAACACAAUAAACCAUCUGAAUUGUUUCACACUAACUGUGAGAACCUUGUUGGUCUAUCAAGUGCAGUGCAAUCACUGCCAGAGCAUGGAGACAUGGCCGGGCAUCAGGAGUCUUCUUUUGAUUAUUAUAAUGUUUCUGACGAUGACUCAGAAGAUGGCACCAACAAAAACCAACAAGAAGGUAAGAGCCGAGAAGAUGGUGGGACGGUGCAAUGGUUGCUGGAACGAGAGAAAGAAAAAGGUCUCCAGAGGAAGUUUGAGAAGCAUCUGACUCUCCUGAGCCCAAAGGAAAGUGACACCAGCGCCAGUCAAAAAGCUUCACAUUCUGCUCGACUAGAUAGUAUGGACAGCAGCAGUAUAACAGUAGACAGUGGAUUUAAUUCUCCACGUACUCGUGAAAGUCUGGCCUCUAACACCUCAAGCAUAUUAGACAGCAACAGACAUCAGAACCCCACUCUUAGUCCGGGACAUGGAGGCACGUCUGAAUUCAGUUUCCGAACAACUGCAGAUCCUGCACCAAGUGAACCUGAGAAACUGCAGAAGCCUGCGAAGUGUCUAGCUUCUGUUACCAGUGUUUGAGUGCUGUCAGUAUUAGAUGUCAGUGACAGAUUCUGUACUACACCCUUGGCAAUCACACACCUGCACUUCAGCUGUUAUUUGAUACACAUUGAGCAUGCUCGUACAUUAUAAAGGCUGUGCAAACUGCAUGUAGAAGCCAUUUCUAUGACUUGGAACUCUUUUGUUUCCAUGAGUACUUAUUAAUUUUACUUCUUCAUCCUUUAGGUAUUGAGUGGGUAAUGCAUCUUACUGCAUGGCAUUCGCCUACAUCAUACUGCAUGAAACGUCCAUUGUGAUUUUGGUAAAGAAGAAAAAAAAAGCACAAACUGUUUUGCACUUCUUGGCUUUGGGUUCUUGAUGAUAUUCUAUCAAAACUUCAUUUUUAGAAAUAAUCUUCUUUAGAACAUUAUCAAGCCAGCAAAAUAUUUCCUCAGUGAUUUUUGCGAAACCAGUAUCUGUGUUAAAUCUGGAUGAGCACCUAUGUGACAGUCUUACACACUGAAGAUAUUAUCUUCAACUCGAUGGUCAGUUAUUUCCAAUAAAUGUUAUUGUUAAUAAUAGUUGUGUGGUACCAACAGAUAUAUGUUGCACUAUUAAAAGAUAAAAUAAUGUCUCAUUUUUUACUGUACAAGGUUAUACAUCUGGUUGUGUUACUGUACAUAUAAAUCACUAUUGAAGUUGUUUAAAGCUAACCAUAUAGAACAACAGUAAUGUUGCUACAAGUUUUACAGUUGCUGUAAAUCUUCACCAAUAUAUGUGAACUUGAUGUGCAUUAUUUUCUUGUACAAAUAAAUAUGCUUCAGAGAAAAUGCUGCUGAAUAAGCAUCUCUCCAGAUUGAACGAAAAAUAUUUUAUUUUGCAUGCACGGAAUAAGUUACAAAGCAGUACAUUUGAGGCAUUUCGAUCUCUACAAGGGUCAAAGUUCGAGCAACGCUAACCUCACCUGUGCCCCAUUAUUAUGUUGCCACCACCAGGUCCUUGCCUGUAUUAAUUAUUUUUCAUGCUGUAAAAUACACUCAGUGGCCUCUUUAUUAGGUACAGGAGUGAAACCCGGUGUAGUCUUCUGUAACGUGUAGCCCAUCCACUUCAAGACUUGACAUUUUGUGUGUUCAGAGACGCUGUAACGCACACCACUGUUGUAACGUGUGGUUAUUUGAGUUAUUGUUCCCUACCUGUCAGCUUGAACCAGUCCAGCCAUUCUCCUCUGAUCUCUUUUUUUUUGUUUUCGCACCAUUCUCUGUAAAUACGAGGGACAGUUGUGUGUGAAAAUCCCAGGAGAUCAAGAGUUUCAGAGAUGCUCUAUCCACCCCGUCUGGCACCAACAAUCAAUUCCAUGGUCAUUUAAUCACAUUUCUUUCCCAUUCUGAUCUUUGAUCUGAACAACAACUGACCCUCUUCACCAUGUCUGCAUGCUUUUUUAUGCCUUAGCUGCUACCACAUAAUUGGCUGAUGAGAGAUUUGUAUUAAUGUUCAGGUGUACCUAGUAAAGUGCACACUGGGUGUAUACACUUGUUUUAUAGACAGAACCUUACCAUUCUUGGAUGAUAGUUUGAGACCUGCAGCCAUUUAUUGCUGUGUAUUUAAAUGAGUUGCAGACAUUUGUAAAAAAAAACACAAAUGCCUUGAUGCCACAUUAAUGAUAAGGAGGUAUUUGAAGAUCGUUUGACACAUGGUGGCAUAUGUAGCCUGAUUCUGUUUGCUAUUAACACCAAUACUGGCACAGCCGCAGGUCUGUGUUUACAUUUGUGAUUCUCUUUGUGUUCUGUGGUGCCAUUAAAUGAUUCAUGUUCUGUUAUAUUAUCGCUUUUAUGCCCCAGAGCAGCAGAUUGUGUCCCAAUGUCUCACAUGCUUCAAACCGAAUCCAGCCUUCUAGUCCUGUGUCUUCAAAUAAAACUGCCUUUGCUCUCAUCUUCUAUUUCGUGGGCCUUGUCCUACAGCAGCUGGGAGAGGGCCCUUUGCAAAAAAAAAGAUCUUGCAACAUUUUUAAUCAUUUGGAAUUGUGUCACUAUUUCUUGUGCACCCAAAUCAUAUAAUAUCUGUGAUAUUAUAAACACAUAAAUCAGGCAUAAAAGUGUUCAAGGCAAUAAGAGUAGUGAGAUAUUAGCUUAUAACAGGGCUUCCCAACCUGGGGUCCACGAUCCCCUUGCCUAAUGGUAUUGGUUCACAUAAAAAGGUUGGGAACCCCUGGUUGAUAGAUAUCUCCCCUCUCAUUUGGUUCAACUGGAAAUCAUGACAAUAAAAUAAAAAGUGAAAUUUGUUUUAAAAUUGUUGCUAUAAAUACAACUUUAGGGAAUGAGCAAUUUUUAAUAUAGAAUGUAUAUAUGUUAAUAACAUGUGUGCCUGAUCUGUUACCAUCCAUGAUAAGAUCACAAUAAUAAGACAUUGCUGAUAAGAUACAUGAAAUUUAUAUGCAGUGGUAGAUCUGAAAUGAACUUUAAUGUAUGUAACACAAACAUUUUUCUCCACUCUAGUUAAGAUAUUGUUCAUUAUUGCACAUAACUACCUCCAUAGCUUUUAUGAAAUGGUAAUGGAGACUGCAACAUAGCAUGCCUUCCUUUUCUUGCAUCUUCCCUCCCCCGACCAUUCUUUCUGUCUCUGUUACCAUCUCAUAACUAAGCUCUCACCAGACGAUUGCUUCUGAAUUUUUAUGCUGGUGCUUUAACUCCUGGAAGUGUGGGUUCCAAACUGAGUUGACUUCCAUACAAUAUUCAUUUAAGUUCAUGGUCUUGUUUUGAAACACAUCAAAGCAUUAAAAAGAGCAGAAACCAUAACGAGAAGAUAGUGUCAAAGGUUGGUCUAUUUUUAAAGUUUAAUUUGGAAGGAGUAUAGAUUACUUUUGUCUUUGUGGGUGAAUGAAUGAAUUAUAAGUAUAGUAUGAACUUAAUGAUUAUAAAUGCAAACAGCUUUUUUCUUCAAGCAGAAAGGAGUACAGCAGCCGAGACUGCCUUGUAUAAAUACGUUUGCACUGAUUAAAAAUAACAAAAAGAAAAGCAUUUUAAAAAAUGUCUCUCUGGUUGCAGUUGGUCAUCCAGAUAGAUGUGUUUAUAUAUUGUAAAACAAUUUCUUACCAAACUUUAGUUCAUGGAAUGUCUUCCCUAACAUUACUGGAUUAUGUUACAGUACAAUAUAAUAAGCUUGUUUUGUAAGUGUAUUAUACUGUAAAAUGAUGUGUUUAGAUGUAAUGCUUAGUACAAUAACUUGAAAAAUUGUAAACAGGGAUUUUUUUAAUGUUCCUUAUUUAAAAGUCCCUUUAUGUGAAAUGUAUUUCUGUUGUUAUUAUUGUAGUUUGUGUGGAUUUCCCCUUUGGGAUUGUGUUAUUUACUUUAAAGCCAUUAAAUAACAUGUUUCUUUAACAUUUUACAAAUUUUUGCCUUUUUCAUACAACAGUAACAUUUGAUUUCCUGCAAUCUUUAAUUAAACAUCUCUUUUAAUCUUUAAUUAAAAUUUG